AGGCAGUGUGGGUGGUGGGAGAUGAUAGGUCUCCUUCAUUUGCUUCCACAUUCCCAUCAUCACCGUCCUUUUCUCUUCUCUUCUCUUGUUUCUUUUUCUUCUGCAUUCUCAUCCUAUGCUAUGUAAGAAACAAACGGUUUCGUUUUAAUUAUUUUUCAUUUCAUUUCUUGUUUCCCAUUUUGCCCUCUUAACCACCUUUCCCCCUGCAUAUAAGCUCCUAUUUUUACAAAUUAUUGUACAUUCAUCUCUGUUUCACUUUCACUUUCGAUAUUCCAGAGACUCACAGACAUUGGAUCACUAGUUCUCCACGCGUUAUUAAGAAUUGAAUUGUAUGGCUACACUUGUGGAUGGAACUCCAAGUGAACGCAGUGGACACUAUCAAUCUAAUAAAGAAGGUUGUACUAAUGCGUCGCCAAGAAGUCCUUUGAGUACACACAGUCCUGAUAGUGACUCCAUCGAUUUAUCCAUUGAUGGACCUGUUAAUAAUUCAAUUGAGCAGCUUUAUCACAAUGUGUAUGACAUGCAGAGCUCAGAUCAGUCGCCGUCACGGUAUAGUUUGCUGUCGUAUGGCCAGGAAUCAAGAAUUGAUUCUGAACUGCGCUUUCUUGCUGGUGGAGAUGUUUUUGAUGAAAAGACGAAAGAAAUUGUGAUGGUGAAUGACAAAGCACUGGAAAAGAAUGAUCUGGCCGAGCCAGAAAUUGAUCAGACAGAUGAGAAAUAUAAAAACAAAACUAGAUCUGCUGUUGCAAAAUCUAAAAAAUUAACACCUGUUACCAAGAAUAGGUCUUCUCAGGAUAAGCCGCCUUCUGGGAAACGAAAUUUGAAGACAUCAAGUAAAGGUUAUGGCCUGAAAGGUGAAAAGAGUUCCCCUGUCGGAGCAGUGAAGUCGAUGAAUGGGGCUGAGGUUUCUUUUGAUGAAGAAUACCUUGGACCUUAUUUACUUAAACAGACAAGGGAUAUGGUUUCAUCUGGGGAAAAUCCUAAAAAAGUUCUUGAUGUUGGGCUACGAGCACUGAAAUCAUUUGAGACAAGUGAAGAUGGGAAAUUGAAUUUGGAUUAUGUCAUGUGUUUACAUGUUGUAUCUGCAUUGUACUGCAGCAUGGGCCAGUACAAUGAUGCAAUUCCGCUUCUUGAGCGCUCCAUUGAGAUUCCAGGUAUGGAUGAAGGCGAAAAACAUGCACUUGCUAAAUUUACGGGGUGUAUGCAAUUAGGUGAUACAUAUGCGAUGCUGGGCCUGAUUGAGAAUUCAAUACUGUGCUAUACAGCAGGUUUGGAGAUUCAAGAACAGGUGCUAGGGGAAAAGGACUUUCGUUUAGGUGAAACUUGCAGGUAUGUGGCUGAAGCUCAUGUUCAGAUGUUGCAAUUUGAAGAGGCUGAGAAGCUUUGUCAGAAAGCACUUGACAUCCAUCGUGAGAAUGGCUCAUCUGCCUCUUUAGAAGAAGCAGCAGAUAGGAGACUUAUGGGACUUAUUUCUGAUUCCAAGGGUGAUCAUGAAGCUGCUCUUGAGCAUUACGUACUAGCAAGCAUGUCUAUGGCUGCUAAUGGCCAAGAAGCCGAUGUGGCUGCAAUUGAUUGCAACAUAGGCGAUGCUUAUCUAUCUUUAGCAAGGUACGAUGAGGCUGUUUUUGCUUAUCAGAAAGCACUCACUGUGUUCAAGUCUAUGAAAGGAGAGAAGCAUUCAUCAGUUGCCUCGGUUUUCAUUCGUCUGGCUAAUUUGUACAACAAGAUAGGGAAAUUCAGGGAAUCAAGGUCUUACUGUGAAAAUGCACUUCGGUUUUAUAUGAAGCCCACCCCUGGUAGCCGUAAAGAAGAGAUUGCUAAUGGCUUGAUUGAAGUUUCUGCUAUAUAUGAAUCUAUGAAUGAACUGGACCAAGCGCUCAACUUGCUCAAGAAGGCUCUUAAGGUAUACGAUGGCAAAGUAGGUGAACAAAGCACAGUGGCAGGAAUUGAAGCCCAGAUGGGGGUAAUUUACUAUAUGAUGGAAAAAUAUUCAGAGUCUUAUAAUUCUCUAAAAAGUGCUAUUUCGAAGUUUAGAGCCAUUGGAGAAAAGAAAUCUUCUAUGUUUGCUGUUGCUCUUAACCAAAUGGGACUUGCCUGUGUGCAAGUAUAUUCGAUCAACGAGGCUGCAGAUUUGUUUGAAGAAGCCAGAACUAUUAUGGAGAAUGAAUAUGGACCUUAUCACCCAGACACACUUGGAGUCUACAGCAAUCUAGCUGGUACUUAUGAUGCAAUGGGCAGGUGGAGUGACGCGAUAGAAAUCUUGGAACAUGUUGUCGCGAUGAGAGAAGAGAAGCUAGGCACAGCACAUCCUGAUGUGGAUGAUGAAAAGAGGAGACUAGCCGCGUUAUUAAAAGAGGCAGGGAUGUCGAGGAAUAGGAAAUCAAGAUCGUUAGAAGUGCUACUUGUUGCCAGCUCUUUCAUUGUUCCAGAAGGAAAAACCAAGUAAUCAUGAUUUAUUUCCAAAUUUCUGCUUAAACGCGAAGUCUGUGUGUUACGUAUGUUUAGUAUCUCUUAGGCUGGAAAUGGCGAUGACUGGCAAUCUCCGAGGAUGAGAAAGGAGAUGUUGUAAUCUCAUUGUAUGAGUUGAUAAAAUUUCUGUGUCAAAAUGGUUAUGGUAUACGCAUAAUAAGUUGUAAACUUGUAGUUGUCAAAUAAAAGGUGGAAAGUAUUGAUCAGGCAGCUUCUAAUGGUGAAAUUUCCUUUUCUUUUGUUGU